AUGACCCACAUCUCCAUCGACGCUCACGAUAUGGUUGGAGUCAAAGCCGUUGAGAUGGCCGUGGUGCCUGCAAGUGUGCCCCAGGUGCCAGUUGCGCCAGCACAGUGGUACGCCCUCGCACUGCGGCACGUUGGACCCAGAGCAGAGCUAGCGGAGGGUGCAUCUUCCUGGUUGCGACACAGGCUAGACCAAGACUGCUUCAAGUAUCCGUUCGUACGCACUCCUACAACCUCCGAGCCACUGUCAUCAUGA